CGCCGGGGCUCCCGAUUUCCUGGCUUUCGGUCCCGAGCCCCUUUCGGGCCUAGAGCUCCCGGGAAAGCAGGGAUUGGGUUUGUGGUGCUUGAAGGCCUUCCAGGCCUUGGUGGCGAAGUUUGCCACCUUGUCUGCAUCGGGCUCAAGAUUCCAGCCUACAGAACCCUCGGUGGAUCUCGAUUUCUUCAACAAAAGGAGGGAGUUUGGCUGCGACCGCUUCUGGGACCCCCGUCCCCUCCGGGCGUCCUGAAUUCCACGGUUUUAAUGUGCUUUGAACUCAAGUAACCAAGAGGAGAGAUUUGUUCUUUGAUACUGGAGAUAACGCAGCAAUGGGUCCACGAAAGAAAAGUGUUAAAACUUGUCUCAUGAAUAAUGAGAUCCCUGAAGAAACUAUAUCAGAUGAAACAAAGGACUAUAUGAAUCAACUUUCACAUGAAGUGCUUUGCCAUAUUUUUAGGUACCUCCCUCUGCAGGAUAUCAUGUGUAUGGAGUGUCUUUCCCGGAAGCUAAAGGAAGCAGUGACCCUGUAUCUGAGAGUUGUGAGGGUUGUGGAUCUCUGCGCAGGGCGGUGGUGGGAAUACAUGCCAAGUGGUUUCACAGAUUCCAGUUUUCUAACACUAUUGAAGAAGAUGCCAGACGUCGAACAGCUAUAUGGCCUUCACCCUAGAUACCUCGAGAGGCGAAGGGUACGGGGUCAUGAAGCUUUUAGCAUUCCAGGAGUCCUGGAAGCUUUGCAGGCAUGCCCAAACUUGGUGGGUGUAGAGACCUCUCAUUUGGAAUUGGUAGAAUCCAUUUGGACAUACAUGCCACAUGUUCAUAUUUUGGGGAAAUUUCGUAAUCGUAAUGGAGCAUUUCCAAUUCCUCCUGAAAAUAAACUGAAAAUUCCUGUAGGAGCCAAAAUUCAAACUUUACAUUUAGUUGGGGUGAAUGUUCCUGAAAUUCCUUGUAUCCCAAUGCUAAGGCACCUUUAUAUGAAGUGGGUAAGACUCACUAAGCCACAGCCAUUCAAAGACUUUCUUUGCAUCAGCUUACGAACUUUCGUCAUGAGGAACUGCGCAGGACCAACAAACUCUUUGAAAUAUGUCCCUCUAGUAACAGGCUUAGCCUCUGCCCGAAACUUGGAACAUUUGGAAAUGGUUCGAGUUCCUUUUCUUGGAGGUCUUAUCCAACAUGUAGUUGAAGACAGUUGGAGAUCAGGUGGUUUUAGAAAUUUGCACACUAUUGUUUUGGGAGCUUGCAAAAACGCUCUUGAAGUGGAUCUUGGUUACCUCAUCAUCACUGCUGCCCGUAGGUUACAUGAAGUUCGGAUCCAGCCUUCCUUAACCAAAGAUGGUGUCUUUUCUGCCCUAAAGAUGGCAGAGUUGGAGUUCCCCCAGUUUGAAACCCUUCAUCUGGGAUAUGUAGAUGAGUUUUUGCUGCAGAGUAGAAUGGCUAAUGCAGAUCUGGUGAAGUAUGGUUUGGCUGAUGUGGUAGAAAAUCCUGGUAUCAUCACUGAUAUAGGGAUGAAGGCAGUCAAUGAAGUGUUUUCAUGUAUCAAAUAUCUGGCAAUUUACAAUUGCCCCCAUCUACAUAACCCAUACAAUUGGAUCUCAGACCAUUCAAGAUGGACUCGACUGGUUGAUAUCAACUUAGUGCGCUGCCACGCUUUGAAGCUGGACUCCUUUGGUCAGUUUGUUGAAUUGUUGCCCAGCCUGGAGUUUAUUUCACUGGACCAGAUGUUUCGUGAACCACCCAAAGGCUGUGCUCGAGUUGGUCUGAGUGCAGGCACAGGAAUUGGGGUGUCCUCAGCCCUUGUGAGCAACCAGAACUCCAACAACGACAAUGACAAUAACGCCCAGAAUAAUGCCAACAUCCACGACAAUAAUCACCAUCAGCCAGAUGACUCGGAUGAGGAGAAUGACUUCCGGCAAGAUCUCCAGCCGGGAGAGCAGCAGUUUGCAGCCGACGCAUUGAAUGAGAUGGAAGACAUGGUGCAAGAAGAUGGAGAGGUGUUGGCUGAGAGUGGACAUGAGACUCCAGCUCACAGUCAGGCUGUUAUUCCUGUGGAUGGUGACGAGGAACAAGCAGGACCCAGUGGUCUUCAGCGUGUAGUAAAACCAACCCCAAUUACUGUUCAUGAUUCAGAGAGUGAUGAUGAGGAAGACAGUCUAGAACUCCAAGAAGUCUGGAUUCCUAAGAAUGGUGCUCGGCGUUACUCUGAGCGUGAAGAAAAAACCGGAGAGCCAGUGCAGUCCAGGGAAUUGUCAGUAAGUGGAAAAGGCAAGACUCCACUUCGAAAGAGGUACAACUCCCAUCAGAUGGGCCAGUCGAAGCAGUUUCCCCUCGAGGAAAGCAGCUGUGAGAAAGGCUGUCAGGUCACCAGUGAGCAGAUCAAAGCCGAUAUGAAAGCAGCUAGGGAUAUUCCUGAAAAGAAAAAAAACAAGGAUGUUUAUCCCAGCUGCAGCAGCACCACCGCCAGCACAGUGGGAAACUCCAGCUCACACAGCACUGCUUCUCAAAGCCCUGCCUUUGUAAGGACGGUGACCAGCGGCGGCUCUUCCGAGCCUAGCCCUCCAGAAGUGGAUGUGUCCAGGCAGUGUGUCUGCUCCCCCGCUGGGUCAGAGGACUCUGAGGCCAUGGAGGAGGGAGAUGCAGAGAGUUCUGUCUGCCCCAGAUGCUGCUGUCACAGGCCCCAGGAACCCCAAAGGAGAACUAGCAGGUGUUCUGAUGAGGAACGUCCUUCAACCAGCCGAGCCUGUGUUGUGAAUGGCCCGGAUGGUACGAGAUCCGCCUUUUCCUUUAGGACUCUGCCACAAGGGGGGUCUUCAGGCCCAGCACAUGAUGAGAGGACUAAUGGGAGUGGCUCUGGGGCUACAGGUGAGGACAGGAGGGGGAGCUCCCAGCCUGAGAGCUGUGACGUGCAGUCUAAUGAAGACUACCCUCGGAGGCCCCUAACAAGGGCCAGGAGCAGACUGUCCCAUGUACCGCUGGUAUCUGAGUCAGAGGUUGCCAAAACAAAGCCACGUCAUGCCAUGAAGCGGAAGCGGACGGCAGAUAAAUCCACCAGCACCAGUGAUCCGGUGAUUGAGGACGACCACGUGCAGGUCCUUGUAUUAAAAUCCAAAAAUCUCGUUGGAGUCACUAUGACCAACUGUGGAAUCACAGAUCUAGUGCUAAAAGACUGUCCCAAGAUGAUGUUCAUCCAUGCUACCAGAUGCAGGGUACUGAAACACUUAAAAGUAGAGAAUGCGCCAAUUGUAAACCGAUUUGACUAUGCACAGUGCAAGAAACUGAACAUGGAUCAGGUGCUAGACCAGAUACUACGGAUGCCUCCUGAGAGAAACCGCAUCAUAUACCUACGCCCAAUGCAGCAGGUGGACACACUAACACUUGAGCAGAAGCUAUUCAGCGGGCCCUACCCCUAUCACAUCUGCAUUAUCCAUGAAUUCAGUAACCCUCCCAACGUCCGGAACAAGGUGCGCAUUCGCAGCUGGAUGGACACUAUAGCAAACAUCAAUCAAGAGCUCAUUAAGUAUGAAUUCUUCCCUGAAGCCAAACGAAGUGAAGAUGACUUAAAGAAGUACCCCAAAUACCCCUGGGGAAGAGAAAUCUAUACUUUAGAAGGUGUUGUGGAUGGUGCUCCAUAUUCCAUGAUUUCUGACUUCCCUUGGUUGAGAUCACUACGGGCAGCAGAACCCAACAGCUUCGCCAGAUACGAUUUUGAAGAUGAUGAAGAAAGCACCAUCUAUGCUCCGCGACGGAAAGGGCAGCUGUCUGCAGACAUCUGUAUGGAGACAAUAGGAGAAGAAAUUUCAGAGAUGCGUCAGAUGAAGAAGGGUGUGUUUCAGCGAGUGGUGGCAGUUUUUAUCCACUAUUGUGAUGUCAAUGGGGAGCCAGUGGAAGAUGACUACAUUUGACUGGUCCCUCCUGCGUCCCAGCUCUUCUGGCAGAAAGCUGCAGGGGCCGUCCGGCUGCCAGCGAGCACCAUAUGGACUCGGGCCGCGUCGUUGGAGGCCCUGGCUCAGUUUGGAAUAUAGGAAAUAUAUAAGGAACAUUGAAGUUGUAUACAAAGAUUUGUACAUAGAGGAGAUAUACAGACACUUCCUAAGUACCAACUUUAUAUCAUAUGUUUAUACAGUUUAAUUUAAAAAUUCAUUUUAAUGAAGGCAAAUAAUUGGAAAGAGUUCAUUUUUCCUGACUUAGUUCAUAAAGUGUCACUUUUUGGCUGAGCCUCCAUUUACUAUAUUCUUAAUGAUCACUGUCAUCCCCUUAAAUCUGUGCCUUUUUCUUCUCGAGCAAAGCAGUUUGAGUAAAUCUGUUGAAGAGUCUUUGUGUCUUGUGUGCUUUUUUUGUUACUAUUAAAACACAGACUAAACCCUAUAGUCAGAAGUGGCUAUAUGUUUCUGUACAAAAUUGUGGUUCUUUUUUCUUUUGGUAUUAUAGUUGCCAUACUUCUUAAUAUUAAAUAAAGACUCAUGAGUUAAAAAACAAAAACAAAAACUGAGUUUGAGGGGGAAAUGCAAAAGUUUCCAAAGCAUUUCUAGUUAUUUAUUUCCACAUUCAAUUGUGUAUAUGCUUUAUCUUGAAUAUAAAAAUAAAAGUUUAUUAAAAACUUU